GCCACUCCUUCCAGUGUUCCUCUCAGACUCAGUCCCUUACUACAAGCUGGCUGGCAGCUGCCUAUCACUGUGGAGUUCCAGCUGGGGUACUAUUUCUUCCACUCUGACACCAAUGAUGGGGCACUAUUCCUCCUACUGACACCAAUGAUGGGGCACUAUUCCUCCCACUGCCAUGAAUGAUGGGGCACUAUUCCUCCCACUGACACCUACGAUGGUGCCCCAUCAUUAGUGUUAGUGUGGAAGCAAUAGUGCCCCAUCAUUAGUGUCAGUGGGAGGAAUAGUGCCCCAUCAUUGCAUCAGUGUGAACCAGGGCUAAGGGGGUAAUUCUUUCCAAUGUCCUGAUGUGUAAGGAGCAUUCCUCCCACUGAC